AUUACUUCCACCAUGGUAGUAAUCAAACUUCAAUUUAAAAGAGAUCGCGUAACGGGUAACGGCUUGACGGUUGUAAGAGUCAUAAUUCAAUGUCAUCAGUGUCAUCUCUUUCAUGCAAGAGCGAGAAAUUAAACAAUUGGAUCUUAUCUCAAUUAAAAAAGUGAACUAGUACAUGUAAUAAUGAAGCCCGUACGUUCCAAAACUCCAGCUCGUAAACCAAUCGGUCAGCCGAAGGGAUCGAAUAUGAUGUCUAAGGAUCCCGUGCAUGUUUACUGCCGUCUACGACCCAUGCAAUCUCCAACAGAUGUAUCGUGUAUGAGAGUUACAUCUGAUACGACGGUAGUGAUAACGCCUCCGGAAUCAACGACCAACUUUCGUGCCGUAACUAAAGAGAUACAAACGACGUUCAGUCAUGUGUUUACAUCUGAUGUGACGCAAAAGGAGAUAUUUAAAACGGUCGCCCUUCCCCUGGUACAAAAUCUUAUCCAAGGAAAGAAUGGUCUCCUGUUUACAUAUGGUGUGACAGGUAGUGGCAAAACGUAUACGAUGACUGGAGAAUCCCAGGAUGUUGGUAUCAUGCCACGGUGCUUGGAUGUUCUUUUUAAUACUAUUGCCAAUUACCAAACGAAAAAGUUUGUCUUUAAGCCAGAUAAAUUAAAUGGUUUUGAUGUACAAGGUGAAGCUGAUGCUUUGCUAGAUAGGCAGCACGAACUUCAUGCAGGUCUGUCUGUACAAAGAAUUGGAAGACUCGGCAAAUACUGUAAGAUAGACAGUGAUGGAGAUAGUAAUCCAAUGGUAGCUCAUAACUGUAAUGAAUCGCAAAGUGUGGCAAUUGAAUCAGAUAAUGCUUACGCCGUAUUUGCCACAUAUGUUGAAAUAUACAACAACAAUGUAUAUGAUUUGUUGGAUGAAGAUGACAUCAGAACCAAGGCUCUACAGAGUAAAAUUGUUAGAGAAGAUGGAAAUAAAAAUAUGUAUGUACAUGCUGUCACAGAGGUUGAAGUAAAAAGUGCGGAGGAAGCUUUUGAGCUGUUCCAACGUGGACAACGGAAAAGACGCGUCGCGCACACGGCAUUAAACGCAGAGUCAAGUAGAUCGCAUAGCGUUUUUACCAUCAGACUUGUACAGGCGCCUUUAGAUUGCGAGGGGGAGCAUGUAAUGCAAGAUAAACGAGUCGUGUGUGUAAGUCAACUAUCUCUAGUAGACUUGGCGGGUAGCGAGCGAACGAAUCGCACUAAAAAUACUGGUCAACGUUUACGAGAAGCAGGAAAUAUUAAUAACUCUUUAAUGACUCUGCGAUCGUGUUUGGAAAUUUUGAGAGAGAAUCAGAAUCAAGGUACAAAUAAAAUGGUUCCCUAUCGAGACUCCAAGCUUACACAUUUAUUCAAAAACUAUUUUGAUGGGGAAGGACAGGUCAGGAUGAUAGUCUGUGUGAAUCCAAGAGCGGAUGAUUAUGACGAAACGAUUCAAGUGAUGAAAUUUGCGGAAAUGUCUCAAGAUGUGCAAAUUGCAAGGUCUAACCCUGUAAAAUUGGACCUUGGUUUCACUCCGGGCAGAAGACAAGCAAAUAAAAUAUUCAAGGAAGCAAGGAGUAAAUUGGAGAGAGGAGGCCGACCAGAAGCUGCUGAUUUGAACAUUGAUCUAGGCUUAGUAUACAGUUUGGGCGGACCAUUUCCUCAAUUGGAGACUGUUACCUCUGAUAAUGAUUAUAUAAUACAAUCUUUAAUACAAUUCUUAGAAAAACGCAUCAUUAAGCGCAACAUACUUCGCGCGGAUUUGCAAAACAAACAAGAGGACUUUAGACGGAUAUUAAUGGGAAUAGAGCAAGAAAAUGUAAAAUUAAAAAUUGAUGUAGCUUCGUCGAAAGCUGCAAAUACACAGCAACAAAAAAGGAUAUCGGCAUUAGAAGGAUACCUUUCCGGAGCAAACGAGCGAAUCUAUGAACUUGAUUGUAAAUUAAACAAUGCUAAUGAAACGGUGCGAAGUUUACAGCAAGAGGUAAAAGAUCGAGACUUGGCAUUAAAUCAACGUUUAAUAGAUAAGCAAAGAGUGAAGCAGAGAUACAAUACAAAGAUACAGGUCGAGACAGAUAAAAUGAAUAGAGAAUUGGAAAUAAAACUGCGUCAACAACGUGAACAUUUACAGAAUCAAAUGAAGGAGAAGGAAGACAAGUUACGACUAGUAAAACAAAUUUUAGUCAACGACAACAUUCAUCCUGCGAUAGCAGGAGUAACUUUGAAGGAACAAGUUCCAGAAUUAACAAUGAGAGUAGUCAAUCCAGAUAAAAGUGCUAGAAUAUCACGAAAGGAUAAAAUACCAAUUUCAAAUCCGAGGUAUAGACGCUCACAAAGUGCAGACAGAUGGAUCGAUCAUAGACCUCAGACUCUUGUGCCGAUCGGGACUGUACUGCAACCACUGAUGCAAAGACGGCGUAGUAUAAAGCAACUUACUUCCCCAAAAGAGAUUAUGGAUGGCGCAUCUAGAUAUUGCCUUGUAGCACAAGAGCAUGAUACAGAUGGAGAACUUGAGACGAAAUUAUACAAGGGUGAUAUAUUGCCAACAAGUGGUGGUGGAGCACAAGUGGUAUUUAACGAUAUGGAGUGUUUAAAACAAUCAUCGCCAAAGGCGAGAAAACGUACGGGACCUCGAGAAGAGGAAAUGGACCAAGUAGAUAGUGUUUCUACAUUGACAGAAACAAAAAGACCACGUAACUGAAUUGAUUAGCCUCUGUAACUGAAUGUUUCGCUCAAUUUACUCAAGAGCAAGGUAAAAAAAAAUUAUCCGACGUAUUUUUCUUUACAUUAUUACAACAUUUGUAUAAAAAGACAAAUGUGACCGAGACGUGUGAUAUAUUUUGCGACGCGAGCGCGCGCACGCGCACGCGCACACACACACAGUGUUCAUUAAUUGUUGUAUACACUUUUAACCAUAAGAGUGCGCUUUAACUAUGACUUAUCGACUGCACUCCAUGUAAUUUAUAUGGAGUGAAGUCAUAAGUCAUGUACCUCUUAUGGUAAAAGGUGUAUAUAACCAUUAAUGAACACCCUAUGUAUGUGUAUGUGUGUGCAUGCGUGUGUGUAUAUUUUGAGUAGUGCAGCGAAAUUAUUUGAUAACUUUGCAGGAUCGAUCUGGCCGUUUGCCCGCAAGAUGGGCAAAUUUUUUUAGAAAUGGUUCAACUUUUUUUUGUUAUUUUUCGCGCCGCACGGCAAGCUUUGUCUCUCGUAGUCCAAUCAGUUGAUUAUUAAAAGAGGUUAAAGAUUUUUAGAUGAAUACAAUAUUUUAACAAAAAGUUUUCUAUUAUACCGACUUUUUGCUGCACUUCCGUUAGUUACAUCCAUCUAUCAAAUGAUUUAUUUCUUCUUGUGAUCUAACGAAAGAUAUUUAUGUAAUCUUUAUAUUGCAAUGAAUUUUAUUAUUUUUAUAAGAUCCAAGAUAAGCAACAUUUGUAAAUCUAAUAUUUGUAUGAGAUGAUUAUUACGGUGAUAGAAACGUACGAUAAUCUAUGAAUAUUAAUAUACACAUAUGUAUGUUGCUAUUGUCUCGUUAAUUAUACGGAAUACUAAAAGUUUCGAUGUAAGUAUAAAAAUAUACAAGGUGAUUCAGAACGACCCAUGUGUCCC